UUGAAGCAGCGUGGCGCAGUGGAAGCGUGCUGGGCCCAUAACCCAGAGGUCGGUGCAUCGAAACCACUCGCUGCUAAUCAGCGUGGCGCAGUGGAAGCGUGCUGGGCGCAUAACACAGAGGUCGGUGGAUCGAAACCACUCGCUGCUAAUGUUUUUAUCCGGGCUUAUAAAGAAGAUGCGUGCUGGGCCCAUAACCCAGAGGUCGGUGCAUCGAAACCACUCGCUGCUAAU